CCACGAACAAUCACUCCAACUUUCACGGAACCCGACACACCCAGUAAAGCGCGAACUUCACCUUCACCCAUCCACGCGCGCACCCUGGCGACCGAUCCUCUACGACAUGCGACCAACCUAAACUCGAGUCGAAAGAUCACCAUCUUCCUUUCAUGGCGAAUUCCAUCUCUCCCGCAUUUACCACGGCGCAUCGGCGCAAGCGAAACGCUACUUACGGGAAAGCCUCGCGUUCCCUGAUAAAGACGACUUGGAAUGAUGACGUGCCUUCUCCCGAACGACCGCGUAGACACGUCGACACAUCGGCCAGCAUUACGCAAACAAGGUUGGAUUCAUUGAAAUCACACAGCAGUAUAAACGGGAGCAAAGCGACUACCUCGCCAAAGGAUGACAUUUUCAAUGUACCUUCCGACGAUGAACUGCCCUCGCGGUCGACCCCGGCAGCUGCGAGGAAGUUGUCAAAGAAGCCCGCACAAGCUGAUCUCUUUGAUGUCCCGGAAUCGGAUGACGACGUCGCUCAGCCUCAACAUCGGCGCACAAAGACACCACAGGCAUUGCACAGAGCGGAGACUCGCACAUUGAAACCAGACGUCCCACCACCGCCGAAUCGCAACAACAUGAAGCUAUCCACUUCGGCGACGUCGAGCCCGCCUCUGAAAUCGACAACCUCACAAGCACGCGAAAAGAAGGGUUAUGAGCGAAACCAUUCGAACGCGAAACCAAGCCGCAUGGCCGCCUCAGCCGCAGCAGCAUCAAAUGUGCAUCCACGCGUUGUUGUGGGGAAUCGGAAACGAGCCGACAAGUCAGAUUUUCUAGCAUCGAGCAAGCCCCCUUCUAAAGCUGCCGCCGAUCACGAUAUUUAUGACGUACCCUCCUCUGGCGAUGAAGCUACCAUCGUUUCUCCCCCGAGACGGAAACCGGCGCCAAUUGGCCGUUCGCAAGUCCAGAUACCGCCGUCCAAACAACCACUGUCCCCGAUCUCGAGUUUAGGUGAGCUUAGCGAUUCUGGAACGAGAAAGCGUAAGAGAAACGACGAAGCGCUCUCACACAGACUGGAGAGGAGCACGGAUGUUGGGCGCAAAGUUAGGCAGUGCUCCAAAGGCCCGGAGCAUGGGACGAAUUCCAGCAAGACUAGCGGCCCUAUGAGCAAGAGAGGGGAGAAUGAUGUGCUCCCUAAGCAAAUAAUUGACGCCGUGUGGUCCACGAACCCUGUAAACAAGCCUAAACGGACACGCUUGAGAACGGUCCCAGAUGGUACGCGGCCAUUGCUGGCCAAGGCUCCAUCGUCUCCUGCAAAGCUGCGCGGCAUGCUCGCUAUGGGAUUUUCGCACGAACCGUCGAUGGGGGAAUAUGUGCCGGUUACCAACGGCGAGGAUGAGAUGAUGUAUGAUAUACCGGAGCCUUCAACGCCCCCUACCACAAGACCAAACCACCUCGCUGCUGGUUCUCUAACACCUCGUCAAAAGAAUAUCCUAAGCGCUCUCGUUUCAGAUGCAGAUGCUACAAGUACUGGCAUGCCGAGCAUUAGACGGCUGCAGCUUUCGGAGCGGAGACCCGGCUUACCUCGUUCAGCUUCGGACAUUCCACAAUCGGCCUGCACUCGUAGGACGAGGCUUAUUGACUCUCUAAAGCAAGCUGCCUCUGUUUCCGACGAGGAUACCGAGAGCGACCGCGAGAGUGAGAGGGCCUCGGAGCAUGCGCCUGCGCCGGCUUCUCCGCAAGAAGCCAAUGUAGAAUCGAACCAAUUCGAAGUCGAUCAGCAUAUUGACCCUCUCGACGUAGACGUCGACGCCAUUGUUCCCGGCCACUCACAACCCUCUCAGAACACAGAGAGCAGGGUGACGUAUGCGAGACAACGAUCGUACCGCCAAGAAGCGAACCCAGAGGACGAUUUACUUCUCGCAAUGGACAUGGAUGAUUUCUUGGGCUACAACGAAGAUGGCCGGAAUCGCGGGCAGGAAUCCUCUUCUGAAGACGAAGGAGAUCCCGCAAGUCAAAUGCGGGGCCUACAUGCGUUGCGCAGAGAGGGCGAAGACCAGCGGUUUCGUAUGGAGGCCCAAACGGCCGUGGAUGACAUCGCGGACAAGGCCGGGCUGGGCAAAUCGGUUCGCCGCAGUGCGAUGUUGGAUUUCUGCUCCCGAAUGGCAGACAAGACAUUUCUUGGACAACUUCUCGAAUCCGCCUUGCUUGAGCAAUUCCUCGGAGGUGUGGGAUACGCAGGGGAAGUCAUCUUCGACUUUGCCGCCAUUGUGGCGGUGGGCUUCGUUUUGGAAGCUGGGCCCAAUGUUGCGAUACUGGAAGAGACCUGGAAGUGCGGGAUUCUGAAGACAUUGGAGCACCACCUGGACCUCGAUACGGAUAUCAACAGAAUCGCCAGGGAGCGGAAGACGAACCUGUCCAUGAUCGGACGCGAAUCGGUGCGCAAUUUCCGGACCAUGGUACAGAGGUCUACACUCUGGUCAUCUGGGACGCCCGAAAAGGUUACACCGCAGGUCGUGGCAUUGAGGACUUUGGAACUUCUCGUGCUGGGCCUCCGUAAGGCUGGUAAUACACAGGCUCUCGUCUCUGAGGAGGUUGUACACAAACUUCUUCAUGUGGCAGCCGCGUCCAGCAAAGGGACGGCACAGGAUCUUCUGAGCCAGAACAUGGCCUUCUCAAUCAUGGAAGGCUUGUCGAUCUCGGGGAAUAAUCAUACUGCGUGGACGAAUGGCGUGCUUGAACGACUGGCGGACGCGACUGCGACUUUGUACGAGGCAGGGGACGAGUCUCCAGUCAAGCUCGCGACGCGCCUAUGCAUUCUACUUACGAACAACAAGCCGAAAGCUUGCGAGGUCUUCGCGCGAGAGAGCUUCAUCGCAUCACUGGUCGGAUUCAUCAUUCGUCUGUUUCAGCGGUUGGCCGAUGCGGCCGCUGAUGAAGAGUUGGAGGCGAGGGAGAACCUCAUCCUCUGCCUUGGGGCGAUGAUCAACAUUGCCGAGUUCAGCAAUCAGGCAAGGCUCAACGUCGUGGCCAACGGGGAUGGAUCGAUUGACGCUCUUGUGAACACUUUCCUCGAGGGGUCAGAAAGAGCGGCACGGGCCGAUUCAGUGGAAGAAUCACAGGCCAAUAUCCCCAUUGGCUAUUUGACGGUCCUGCUCGGGAACCUGUGCUUGAGUGAUGUAGUACGAAGGAAGAUACGGUCCCGUCUUCCGGGUCAACGACUCGACGUCCUGAUUGAGAAGGUCAAGGAGUUUGUCAGCUUCCACGAACGGGUCGAUCGCAUGACGGACCGGUUCGAAGGCGACGAGGGACGACAAGUGUCCCAGACGUAUACGAAGCGACUGAUGCAGGUGGUCAGGAGAUUGGAGUUGGCAGACUCAUAAAUGGGUUGAUGGGCGAUGAGCAGUUGGUGUUGUUCACCGCAUGUCGAUGUGUGCGUUUGGAAACUGGGAAGCGCCCAUGGCCAGGUGUUCGUCAUGGGUCAGGAACAGGGCGUUUGGGCUGGCAUGCUUGUUUAUUCUCGAAAGAUAUCCCGGAUUUUCUCUCUCGGUUUCCCGACCUUUUCUGAUUACGGCUCCCGACGGAACAGGCAGUUUCGGGUUUGGAUGAAGCGGGGAAGUUGGUUGGCGUUCAGUGUUGGGGGGAUUGUUUAGGCUUUUCAAGGGGGUAAUUAUGUAUAGAGUCGUGUUCUCGUAUUGGAGCUAGACGUCUUGGUCGAUGCAGAGGAAUGCACCGGAGGACCGAGAAGGCCAGCUGCAGGCAGGUAUGGCAUAUGGCUAAACAGUGCAAUAUAUC